AUGGGAGAACAUCAACAUGAUCACUCUACCCAAACACUUGCUGAUAACACCAAUGAAUGUUCGAUAGAAGCAUUGCAGAAAUGUCUCCGAGAGAAGGCUUCUUCCGAGUGGUUUAAAAACAAACCAGAAAUGCUCUCGAUUUUUGAUGAAUUUAUUAAAACACCAAAACAAAUUGAUUUGACGAGGAAAUAUGAAGGACAAAGGGAUGAGAAAAAAGGAUUGGAUAGUUUGAGAGGUCUAGCUUUGGAAAAUAAAGUCGGUACUGAGGAGGAUAAUUCAUUGGAUCGAGGAAAUAAUUUCGGAAUGGAAAUGAAAAAAUCAAAUUCUAAUGAAAAGCCUAAAAUUAAGAAAGUAACACGGAAACAAAAGAAGAAGAAUAUUACAAGUGAGGAAGCAUCUAGUAAUGAAACUGUUGCUAAUCCAUCUUUAUCUAAUUUAGAAAUUCCAAGUGAAAUUGUUCCAAUCAAUAAUUUGGAAAAUAAUUCAAAACAAAUAAGAGAAGAAUUCUUGGUUGAAAAAAUUGAUGAAACACAAAAACAUGAAAAAGUAACAAAGCAAGGAAAGAAAAAGAGUAGUCCUUCCAAAUCAAACAAGACCAAACAGGACAAAAAGAGAAAACAAAAGAAGGAUGAUAGAUCAGCUCACAAAAAAUUCAAAGUUAUGGAACCUAAAGAGCCACUAGUCAAGGAUUUCUGCAAAUUCUUCCUUCACGGUAAUUGCCAUAAGGGAGAUAGUUGUCCAUUCAGUCAUGACAAGAAGACUUUCCCAUGUAAAUUCUUCCACUUGUACAAUUCAUGUAAGAAGGGUGACUCCUGUGAGUUUUCACACCACACGCCACUGAGUGAUGCUUAUAGACAAUUGCUAAUGAAUACUGAAAAGAAAUUUGCACAAGAACCAGCAAAGGAAGAAUCAUCCAAUCCAAAUCCUAUUCCAUUUCCUCAAUUUGAAAAUUUACAACAAUCUCCAUCAUUUACUUUGAAUAAUAGCACAAUAACCUCAUCAAAUCCAUCAUUUCCAUUACCUGGAUUAUCUGGAUCAUCUUCAAUACCCUUUCCAACAACUUUCUCAUCAAAUUUGGAAGAAAAUUUCACUCCUACUGAUCCAACACCUGAAUUGACUACAAAUACUCAACCAAUAAUACCCAUCACCUCAUCACCAUCCCUUCCAUUCACCAAUCCAUUCAGUAAUCCCUUCAUUCAUCCCAAUAAUUACUAA